UUAACUGCAUCCUUGGUGUGCACAGCUUCCAGGGCUCAGCCCAUGCUGACCCAGCCACCCUCCGUGUUGGUGCUGCCCGGGCAGACCGCUCGGCUCUCCUGCACCCUGAGCCCCCAGUACAAUAUCAGCAAGUUCGGCAUCUCCUGGUACCAGCAGCGCCCGGGGCACUCCUUGAGGUAUCUGCUCUAUUACAACUCCGAGCGAGACAAGCACAAGCCCGACAAGAUUCCCGACCGCUUCUCUGCUACCAAAGACCUCGCCAGCAAUGCCUGCAUCCUCAUCAUCACAUCUGCCCGCCACGAAGACAACGGCAGCUAUUACUGCUCCCUGUCACAUGCCUUCAACUGGUUUUAG